GCGAGACGGAAAGAACGGUUUGUCAGGGAGGCUAGUAUGUGGCGGUGAAAUUUAACAUUAUAACCAUGAUUUGUUCCCUGUUAUCGUAGACGUUUCGGUUCGGUACCGUUUGGACUUUGCCAGGCCGGCUUCGUGGGACGUUCGGCGACAACGACGUUUCUGAAAGGCAUCGUCCAAGUGUUAAUGUUGGCCGGACUGGAGGAGUAGACGUAACAGUUUGUUUAUUUAUUUAUUUGACGGGCAGAAUGCCGCGGGACAACAAAACUGCUCUGAUCCAGAAAAUAGCCAAGCAGGCCCAGCUGACGUUCACAGGCCUGCAGGCCUCCUCCAGCGGGGAAACUAAAGCUUUUACGGACAUGCUGAAUGAACUCAUCUCCUUCGUCACCUCCGUCAGAGCCGCAGACCUGAAAGUUGCUCGUCGGAAAAGCAAAUCGAGCUCCGGGGCGGGGGGGCUCCAGAGCCCCCCGGUCAGCUACAUGCACAUCUGCGAGACGGAGGCGUUCAGCAUGGGGGUGUUUCUGCUGAAGAGGGGGGCCUCCAUCCCGCUGCACGACCACCCAGGCAUGAACGGGAUGUUAAAGGUUCUUUAUGGAAAGGUGAAUGUCCGUUGCUUUGAUAAGCUGGAGAACAGCCUUCCUGUCCCGCCACACUUCGACCCCCCUCUGGCCCCCUGGCAGACGGCCUUUGUGUGGCGCUCUGAGCGUCGACUCGUGGUGGAGUACUCUGAGAACAGCGGGCCGUGCCUCCUCACGCCUGUGCGGGACAACCUGCAUCAGAUCGACGCAGUGGACGGCCCCGCUGCUUUCCUGGACAUCUUGGCUCCUCCUUAUAGUCCUGAUGACGGGCGGGACUGUCACUAUUACAAAGUUUUACAAAGGGUGGCAGAGGAAGGAACAGAUGCAGCGUCCAACCGAGAGGAAGAGAAGGGGAAAGAAAACGAGGCGUGGCUUCUUGAAGUCCCUCAGCCAGAGGAUUUCUGGUGUGGUGGGGAACCUUAUCCAGGUCCUGCAGUGGAUAUCUGAGUGACGCUGUCACCGUGUUUUAUAAUUCACUAUAUCUCCCCGUCUUUUUUCAGUGUUAGGACUCAGUUUACGAAAGCUGCCAUGUAUUUUAGAACCAGAGUCUGGACACUGGGGAUGUGGGGCUUUUGGUCUCCACCACUCCCCGAAAACAAUCAUGGUGCUGCUUGAGCUUUCUUUAAUGAAAUAACUAAUUGUAGAUAAAUGUGUUGUGAAUAUUUGAACAUACAGCAGCAAGGGAGGAACUACAACAAGAUUCAACACCUGAGGCCUGUUGCACGAGUCUAGGAUAAGGGAUUAAGCCAGGAUUUAGGUGUAAACCUGAAUUAAUUAAGCCUUGAGUCGGUUGCAUGAACUAUGAAGCACUUAUGUUUCCGUGGUAACAAAUGCUCUGAAACGAACCUGAUCAGGUUUAAAGUGAAGUUUAUUUAAUCUGUUAAUGUUUCUGAGCAGUAGAGUCAUUUUACUGCAGAAAACUGUUCCUCUAACCAGGUUUUAUAGUCUGAUAUCAGAUAAAAAGUCUUUGAUCUUGUUUUAGACCCAUAUACUAAA